UCGACUCUGAAAUUCUUAUUGGUCGCUAGCUAGAUACAUACUAGCAAUCCCACGUCUGUCUGCAGACACAGCUGUCCACAGUCAAAAGUUAUUAUUUUCGUGUCUGAUGCCCUCUGAUGCAAUUGAACUAAAAUGGGGAAAUCAAAGAAAGGGAAAAAUAAGCAGGAAGUCAAUUUGAGUUCGGAUGAAGAAGGUGGUUUAAAGAAUGAGAUGACAGGAGAUCAAGGAGAAGAACUUUCUAAUCAACCAAAGAAGGGAAAGGAGAAGAAAAAGAAGAGAAAUGCAUUUAAUGAAGAUGAUUUACUUGAGGAAAUGGCAGCUCUACAGGUUGAAUCAGGAGGUGGGCAACCGUCUGAAGAGACAACUGAUACACCAGCACCAGACCCACAACCAGCAGGCAAAAAGAAAACUAGAGGUGGUAAGAAAGGAAAGAAGGGCUGGGAUGAGGAUGAGCUAAUGGCUGAAGUUGCUGCCAUUGAAUCAGCUGGUAAAGGAUCAGGAAAGAAGAAAGAAAAGGAAGCUGUGGAAAACCAAAACGAAACAGAGAUUUCCAUGGAAACUAAUGAUACGGUUCCUGAGCAGAGCCAGCCCACUGGCAAGAAAGGAAAGAAAAAGAAAGGAAAGGCAAAAGAUUGGAAUGAAGAUGAACUUCUAGAAGACAUGGCUGCAUUGGAGGAGGGAAAACCCCUUCCUAGUGAAACCAAAACCCAAGAAGUUCCAAAGAAAGAGGCUGUAGAUGGCCAAGAUGAUGAGGAGGAUUCCGGCCCAGUCAUGAAGACUGCUGCUCAGAAGAAAGCUGAGAAGAAAGAACGAGAGAAGAAGAAGAAGGAGGCACAGCGAGAAGAAGCAAGGAGGAAAAAGCAGAAAGAACAAGCCAAAGAAUCAGAGAAAUCAGUCAACGAAGAUGAUGAAGGUGCUAAACAUAAAGAAGGGGAAGGGGAGCCUCAAGAAGAUGACGGAGAUGAAGCGGAGGAAGAGAGUGGAAAGAAGAAAAAGAAGAAGAAGGGAAAGAAGGGUGAGGAAGAUGAGAAAAAGAAGAAGCCUGGCAGAGGACAACUGAAACUGAUGCAGGAAGCUCUCAAGAAGAUGAAAGAAGAAGAGGAGAGAUUAAAAGCAGAAGAGGAAGCUAAACAGAAAGCUGCGGAAGAAGCAGAAAAUCAGAGACUUGAGAAAAUUAGGUUAGAAAAGGAGAGGAAAGAGAGGCAGAAACAAAAGAAAAAGGAGAGAAUAGAGCAGAUGAAAUUGGACGGUACUUACCUGACUCCAAAAGAAAAAGAGAAGAAACGUCGAGCUGAGGAGAUGUUGAGGGCUAUGAAAGAACAGGGUUUGGCCAUUCCUACCAAAGGCAGUGAAGAAACUAGGGUUAUCUAUGGCAAGCGAGACAGAAGGAAAAAGAAGCAAGAUGUCCAAUCUUCAAAAGAAAACAAUAAUCAAGAACAAGCGGAAGAGGAGAAAUCUGAAGAACAAUUGACUGAUUCUACGUCUGCUGAGAAUGAGAAAGGAGAGAAGGAAGAGGAAGAGAAGACUGAUAAUGAGGUCAAAGAAUCUUGGGAUGCAGAGGAUGAUGUAGCUGAUAACUGGGAUGAAGAGAGUGAUGAGGAGGAGAAAAAGGAAGACGAAGCAGAGGAAGAAGCCGAUAAAAUGCCCAAAGCCAAUAUCACCAUCAAAUCACAAGAGAGCAAAGAGGAUGAAGAGGAGAGUGAAGAAGAAAGUGAAGAAGAGGAAGAAAGCAGUGAAGAAGAUGAGGAGGAGGAGGAGGAAGAAUCUGAGAGUGAUGUCUCAAGCGAUGAUGAGAUGAGCAAAGAAGAGAAGAUAAGACAUAGAGCUAUGCAGAGGAUAGAGAAACGUCGGGAAGAGGCUGAAAAGCGAAGGACAACGGAUCAUCUGAGGUCUCCUGUGGUGUGUGUCUUAGGUCACGUAGAUACUGGUAAAACCAAGAUCUUAGACAAGAUCCGUCAUAGUAAUGUACAAGACGGAGAGGCUGGAGGUAUUACUCAACAGAUAGGUGCUACCAUGGUCCCUCAACAGGCUAUACAAGAUCAGACUAAGAUGUGUAGAGAGUUUGCCAAAGAAGAAAUGAAGAUUCCUGGUCUUCUUAUCAUCGACACACCUGGUCACGAGUCCUUCAGCAAUCUCAGAUCGAGGGGGUCAUCGCUAUGUGACAUCGCUAUCCUAGUCGUUGAUAUCAUGCACGGUCUGGAACCUCAGACGAUAGAAUCAAUAAACCUCUUGAAGCAACGCAAGACACCUUUCAUAGUAGCCCUUAAUAAAAUUGAUAGGUUAUUUGAAUGGAAGACCAGCCCCCAUACAGAUGUGACUAACACCAUCAAGAAACAGAAGAGAAUAGACUGUCCUGCAACUAGGGAUGAGUUUGAAGAAAGAACUAGAAAUAUCAUCACAGAAUUUGCUGAGCAGGGUUUGAAUGCUGCCCUCUUCAAUGACAACCCAGAUCCUAAGACGUACAUCUCCCUCGUUCCUACAUCUGCUCAUUCUGGAGACGGUAUGGGAAACCUUAUCUCACUCAUCGUCACUCUCAGCCAGACGUUACUAGCAAAGAGACUAGCCUUCUCAGAGAUGCUGCAAGUUACUACAUUAGAGGUGAAAUCAUUACCGGGUCUUGGUACAACGAUAGAUGUAGUUCUGGUGAAUGGAACACUAAGAGAAGGAGAUACGAUAGUAGUAGCUGGUCAGGAAGGUCCUAUUGUAUCCCAGGUCAGAGGGUUGUUAAUGCCUCAGCCUCUCAAGGAACUCAGAGUCAAGAAUCAGUAUGUGAAACACAAAGAGAUCAAGGGAGCCCAAGGAGUGAAGGUAUUAGCCAAGGAUCUAGAGAAAGCUUUGGCUGGACUUCCUAUGUUAGUAGCUCAACAACCAGAUGAAAUAGAGAUCCAUAAGGAAGAAGUAUCACGUCUCCUGAAAGCUGCACUGACAAGCAUCAAGCUCUCUGAGAGGGGAGUCUAUGUUCAAGCUUCAACACUUGGCUCCCUUGAAGCUCUUCUUGAAUUCCUCAGGACUUCCAAAAUUCCAUACUCUGGUAUCAACAUUGGUCCAGUUCACAAGAAAGACGUCAUGAAGGCAUCGGUCAUGCUGGAACAUGACAGUCAGUACGCCGUCAUCCUGGCCUUUGACAUCAAAGUAGAACGCGAUGCCCAGGAGCUGGCCGACCGCGAGAACAUCAAAAUCUUCCAAGCCGAUAUCAUCUACCAUCUCUUUGAUCGAUUCAUGGCUUACCGUGAAGAAAUAAAGAAGAGGAAUAAGGAGCAAUACAAACAUAUAGCCGUCUUCCCCUGCAAGUUGCGAGUCCUUCCUCAACACAUCUUCAAUGCAAGGAAUCCCAUUGUCAUUGGUGUGUCUGUUGAGGGCGGUAUUGUCAAGCAAGGCACUCCGAUCAUUGUUCCUUCAAGAGAAAACUGUGACAUUGGUGUUAUAAGCAGCCUGGAACUGAAUCAUAAGAUGGUUGAUACAGCUCGCAAGGGACAAGAGGUCUGCGUUAAGAUAGAAAAUGUUUCUGGUGACGCCCCAAAGAUGUACGGAAGACACUUUGAUCACAACGAUCUCCUCGUUAGCAAGAUCAGCAGAGAAUCGAUAGACGCUGUCAAGACCUACUUCAGGGAUGAAUUAGAAAAACCUGAUUGGCAUGUGAUGAUUGAACUCAAGAAGAUGCUAGGAAUAUUGUGAGAUCACUACAAACCUUUGACAGUUCAGAACUCUACUACAAGUCCUUCGACAGGACCUCCUAACAGCAUUGGUUGAAUGGAAAGGCUGUGCAUGAUUCAUUGAGAUACAUCAGAACGGGUUUGUUGCCGUGAGAGAUAUGGAACAUUGUGGAUGAAAAGAUGUUGUGUGCUACCAAGCCUUAGACUAGCACUGAAAAAAAGAAUAGUGAAGCCCUUCUGUCUGUUGCGUGCAAGACAGUAAGUUUGCUAUUCUAAUUUGAAUGAAAGAUAAUCAUGUGGGAUCAAUGAGGUAUUGGAUCAAUUAAUUUCUUGACCAUGGAUCUAUUAUCAAACAUCUUGGAUGCCAAGACUCUACAUUGGGAUGUAUGCUACCAUCUUGUGAAAUCAGUAACAGUAAGAAAAAUAAAUCAGUAACAGUCGAGAAAUAAAAAAGCAAAUUGAAAUUCCAUUUCCUGAAAGACUCGAGCGUCCGCCUUCAUGGGAAUUCGACACCAUUCUAGAUUUGCUUCAUGAAGACAAAAUAAAUAACAAAUGCACAAUUUCUAUAGAAAUUUCACUCUCAGCCAAUCAUAUCAAAUGGUUUCAGUAACCCUAAACUGUCAUUCAAAUCUUUUUAUUAUGAAAAGUUUUUAUGAUACUGUCCUUGGUGUUUACCCAGUUUGUCCAUCAUCUAGAGAGGUACCUAGUCUUAUGACUGACAGAUGUUCUCUAUAUUCCCCCCCCAUUGCCUCAUUGUAAUCUCAAUUUCCCUGGCCCAAAAUGCAUCACCAAUUUCUGCUGUGGCAAAGCUUCUUCUUGAGCUUUGUCCCAGAGAUGUAGCUCCAUCGUGAUUUUCACAAGGUCUGGUGUUUGCUAAUGAAAAUUCACAACUUCCAUGGAAGCUCGUGACUUAGUGCUUAUAAGAGACCAUGGCAAAGUUACACAAAGGUUUGUCAUCAAUCUCAAAAUGGCUAUGACAAUCCAGAUUGAUGUUGUAUGGGGAAAUAUGUUCAAAUGAGUGGUCAGUAAACUCUUACAAUACGGUCAUAGGGAUUGAUCAAUAAAGCUAAAUCAAAGUAGUUGCAGUAAAACACUGAUUUCGUGAGAAAGUCUGUAAAACCAAGGUCAAGUAUUACUAUAUCAUCGUGGAUCUAGAUCUGGUACAGUUA